AUUGUGGGAAAUGUAGUUUGGAGAGCUCCGCCCUGCUCACCAUUUCUGUAAUGGCUGCUUCCUUGAAGUAGGUGCUGUCACGUGGAAUCUCUUAGCCUCAGCAUCCGGAGCUGCUGGAAGGGAGUCAGAUAGAAUUAAGUACCGCCUUCUUUGAAAUCUUCAUCCUUCAAGAACCAGCCACAUCAUGAUCUCAGUUUCAACACAGUUGUUCCUAGUCCUGUUUUCAUUGUUUUUGGUGCUGCCCGUUGUUGAAGCAGUAGAAGCCGGAGAUGCAAUUGCUCUCUUGUUAGGUGUGAUUCUCAGCAUUACAGGCAUUUGUGCUUGUCUGGGGGUGUAUGCACGGAAAAGAAAUGGACAGAUGUGACUUUGAAGGGCCUCCUGAAUCAAACCUUCCCCUGAAAACCUUUGUGCUAUUGAGUUUCAGAACUGACCUUUGGUGUCUGAAAGUUCCCCAGAAACAGUUAAUAGAGAAGUUUCAUAUUAUUGGUUAUUUUCCUAUAAAAAGGAACAAAUUGAUAUACUGUGUUAAAGGGAAAACAACAUGUUUUUGUCACAACAGAUAAUGCACUGGAAAAUGCCAUCUGUAAUUUGCAUUUGCUGAAAUUUGCAUAAGUAAUAUUUCAUAGUUUCAGAAUUCUCAGUAGAAAGAAGGAAACUCUUGCCCAGAAUCCUAGGAAAUUGCCACUGUUCAGUUAUAAUCACUGCCUCCUGCAUCAUUGAGGAAUUUUUUCUCUGUAUUUUUAUUGGAUUUUUAUUUUGUUAUCUACCAAGUUAGUACUGUACCUAGACAUUAAAUACAGUUGGUCAGAAAUUAAAACUUAUCUCUGUUUGCGAAAAAGUUCAGAAAAUGUAUUCAAUGUAUCUAACAUUGAAAUGGAGAGAAGAUUUAAUGUAAAAAAAAAAAAAAAGAAAACUUUAUAUUGACGUUGAAAUGGAGAAGAGAUUUAUUGUUUAACAAAAACCAAAAAUUGUUUUUAUUAACUGAGUUACAUCUCCAUGGUGAGAAAUACUAUGUUAAGUAUAAACCUAUUAUGUAAGUUAAUUUGUGGUGUUCAUUUCUGUUUAUUUCAGACUGUUUUUAUCUCUGAACUUUUUAUAAACUAAGUGGAGGCAAGUAGAUGCCUUAUGUUAACUGUGACUCCAGCUUUUAGAGAUAUAAUCAGUGAAAAAUGAGAAAUGGGCAGCAUCAAGGUAGAGAAGAGGCCCCUGGUAGAGAAUCCACAGAUGCAGAAGGCAAAUGUUAUGGCAUGUACUGAUUUACACACAAACCACAUGAGGCAUACUCUCCCCAUCCUUCCUACUUAAAGUGUCCUCGCAGCAUCAGUGUCACCUAAGGACUUGUUAAAGCUGCAGUCUCAGGCACAGCCCCCUCCAUCCCACCCCCAAACAAUUGGAUCAGAAUCUGCUUUUGUUUCAAGAACCCAGGAUAACUUUAUACACAUUCAAGUUUAAGAAGAUUGUUCUAACUUGUUUGAAUGCAAGGAUCAAAUAAGUUGAUAAAAACUAUUAGGUUCCUAGGUUCCUCUCCUGGUUGUAUUGUAGGUUGGGGUAUGGAAUUCUUUGUUUAACAAGGGUCCACAGUGAUUCCUUUGACUGUGUAGAUAACAGCCAACAUAGAAUUGUAUGAGUAAAUCAAACUGCUAUGGGGUCUUAAUGAAAGCAGGUAGUCACAUUUUUUUCCUAAACUAAUGCAUUAUCCAUUCUCUAGCUCUCCAGGUAACAUUGGGACCUCCUUAAUUUUGAUCAGAAAACAGGCAAUAGCAAUCUAAAUUCCUUUGUAUGCAUUUCUCCAGAUAUGAGCUGACCUGGCUUGCAGGAAAGAUUUGGUGGGGGGUACAAAGAAUGAGGGACAGCCACACACUAAAGACAGAAACCACAUGUAUCUGUUUUUGUCAUAGCUGUUUUUGUUUGUUUGUUUUCCCACCAAAGAAAACAGUCUUUUAUUCUGAUAAAUUGGUUGUUAUACAUUGAGUAAUAGAAAAUUUUUUAAAUUUUUA